GAACAGUUCGUCUAAUUUUUUUGGUUAAAUUUGUUUGCAUCCGGGAAACAUCAAAGAUAAUGAUGAACCAUCAACAAUUCCAGCCGGUAACGUCAAUGGUCGACAGGUUAACCAUCAACAGCAAUAUCGCUCUUGCUAACAAUGCAGACACCGGGAACAGGUGCAUCAACGAGUCGCUUACGGGACCAUCCGUCGUGGCGGAAGAAUUCUUGCGUCCGGAAUCGAAAUCUCCGAUUAUUGCGCUCGAUCCUCGCCGUUUCACUGCGCACCAUCAACAGUUCAAGGUGGGUCUUAGGAAAGGCGAAUUGACUUCCAGUCCGCCGUCCAGUUUGUGGCCAAUGUCCGUUGAGGUUGCGACGGAGUGCCGGAUGCAAAAUGUCGAGUGUUGCGUGGUGUCGUCGACACAACAAUCGGCCAUCAGUGACGUCAAUAAUCUUUCGCUCAUAUUCACAACGACCCGGCCGAUCGAGAAAGGCCAGCGCUUGUACUUCUGGUUCUCCGAAUCGAUGCUGGCCCAUUUGGAAAUGCCUUUCCUUGUGCCCAAAAACAUUCAAGCCGGUGAUCGUUACGUCUGCCAUCGAUGUUCCAGCGCCUUCGUCCAUCCCAACCCGCUGAAACUUCACUUGUUCUUUCAUUGCUCCAGCCGGUCCGUCUCUACAUCCGCCCUCUGGAACAGGGUCUUCCACACAUUAACAGCAACUAGGCCACAAAGUUCUCCAGUUGUUCCGUUCCAGCACCAGUCGUCGCGAAACGUUCUGUGCAAACCAACUGCGACCCAUUUGUUCCAGUUGACGCCGUUUGCGGCCAGCAACAAUCAGCAGCAACGGACGACUGGGCCGAGUCCAGCAGCUCAAGUAGAGACCAUCGUCAGCCAUUUGGGCCGUUCCAAACACGGACACAUUUGCAUUUAUUGCGGCAAAAUCUAUUCGCGCAAGUACGGCCUGAAAAUUCACAUACGGACCCAUACGGGCUACAAGCCGCUCAAGUGUCCCGUCUGUUCCAGGCCGUUCGGCGACCCGAGUAACCUCAACAAACACAUCCGACUACACGCAGAGCAUCACCAUCAAGUGGGAAUAACUGGAGAUAAAUCACCUUACAAGUGCGAAUUGUGCGGUAAGGUGUUGAUAAGAAGACGGGAUUUAGACCGACACAUUCAGUCGAGACACUCGUCGGCUGAUUCGCCGAUCGUUCGCCAUCCGCAUCAGCCGAGUUCGGCUGACUCGAUCGAAUGCCCGUCGCCGUUGAGUUCGACGCACAGCAGCAGCAGUAGCCGUAGCAGAGACUGUAGCAAUAAUAACAGUGACGACGACGAGGACCAGCUCGAUGUCGUCGAUAUUUGCUGAAACGCAUCGUGUAUAUGAAUUUUGUAAAUAAAAUUGAA